AUAACUGAUUUCUGCAAGUUCACGGAGGAGGUUCUGAGUGCAGUGAAAGAAGACUCAGAAUUGAUCGAAGUGAUUAAUGCCCUCGAUACAGCUGAGAGUUUCGAUUCGCUAACUGGUAGCAAUUUGAUCGAUCAUCUGGUUGGACGUCUCAGUCAUAGCGGGGUGGCGGAGUGGAUACAGAAAGCUGAUAAACCAUGGUGUCUGAGGCACAUCUGUAGUGCUUUUCCUCACUGGAGUAAUGAAGCACGAGUGGAAGUGCUAACAAAUCUGUUGCAACGUCCGAAAUCCCAAGAAAUACAGUACGCCGUUGGGAAUUGCAUUGACUCGAUGUUUAAGAUGAAGGUGCGAGCAGGAGAGUUGGUGAACGUGUCGUUGGUUGAAGGAGGAGAAGAUGUUCUACGGCAAACGGUUACUGCAAUAUUCGGAAAGGAUGUAGUGAAAAGUGGAUUGAAGAAAAUGAAAAGCUGCGAAUAUGCUAAGAGUGCUCUUCCUGUCUUUUGGAUGUGUUUGAAAUUAUGGUCGAAAAUGGCGUCAUCAGAUGAAGUGUCCGAAGGAUACACGAGUAAUGCUGAAGAACUUGUCAUGGUAGCAAAGGGUGACGAGGACGGCCUUAAGGUUCUUCUCGACCAAUUACUGGCCCACCUCAGCCAACCGUUGAAGUAUCACCGUACUGUGGUCUACUAUGUGUUUGUCCAGCUAUUGCCUCAUUUCAAGAAGGAACAUGUUUCUCACAUAAUUGAGACCAUGAUGAUGGAUGACGAGGAAUUGGCCGACGAACAGGGUAGCGAGGGAGAAUCAACGAAUGAUGAAGAUGAAGGUGGCUGCUACGCUAGCUAUUGUUUUGUUGUUCUGAAGAAUAUGGACGACGGUGAAGCAGCUGGUGAGUCAGAAUCUGAAAGCCUAGAAGAUGAAGAGGGAGUCGACCCUGAAGCGCUUAAUCGUCUAGAGAGUGCUCUAGGAAAGGCGGCUGUCAAGAGGAAAGGCGAUGCGAUUGAUGAGGAGGAGACCAUGAUGAUGGAUGACGAGGAAUUGGCCGACGAACAGGGUAGCGAGGGAGAAUCAACGAAUGAUGAAGAUGAAGGUGGCUGCUACGCUAGCUAUUGUUUUGUUGUUCUGAAGAAUAUGGACGACGGUGAAGCAGCUGGUGAGUCAGAAUCUGAAAGCCUAGAAGAUGAAGAGGGAGUCGACCCUGAAGCGCUUAAUCGUCUAGAGAGUGCUCUAGGAAAGGCGGCUGUCAAGAGGAAAGGCGAUGCGAUUGAUGAGGAGGAGUCGGACGCUUCUGACGUUGAUGACGCUGAAAUGUUCGCAUUGGAUGAUCGGCUUGCAGCUGCGUUCAAGGCUAUGGCUCCUAAGAAGAGCGAGAACAAAAUGGCUACUCAGCUGGCAUCUGCGUUCCGGUUGAAACUGGCGGACUUACUUCUCUUCACAAUCUCAUCACAGGAUACCCCAGCAAGCAUCAAAAUACAUAUGAUUGUACCACUGCUCAAACUUGCAAAACUUCAAUUGAAGCAGGACACAGAAGGUCUGAAUUCGAGGAAAACAAUUAGUCUUCUGAACAUAUUGUCACGGUUGAAGAAGAUCGAGGUCGCUGAUAAGCAGGUAAUCAGCUUGCUGAACAAACUGAUUGCCGAAGGUUCUGGCAUCUCUAAUCCGACUUUCAUCUCGACCGUUGCUGCUUUGUGCUCAUUCAUCGUAAGUUUAAAUUGUUUGGUACUAGCUGCAUUCGAUAUCGGAUCCUUCCUAAUGAAUCAUUUGUUCCGAAAGCGAGCGUGUUUCUCAAAGCCGGGUUCAAUGAGGAAGUACCGAGUUUUCCGAAGGACUGAAGCCUUGUUGUGCCUCGCGGGUAUGAUGAAUAAAGGAGUGCUGCUGAAAGCACCAGUAGAGAAAUCCAUAAUCAAAGGAAUUGCAAAAGCGUCUUCUGAAUAUCUUCGGGCCUCGAUAGCUGAACCCGAGACGAUCAAACCUCGGUUUUUCGCAAGCGUUUUGAGGCUGUUGCUGUCGACAGCUAACAGUAUUGGAGAUGAUCUUAAGCCCACGUUGCAAAAGCACUUGAAAUUGGAUGCGGUGUUGGAAGACGAGCAAACAUUGAGUCAAGUAAGCAAGAAGAUCAAUUCGGCUUGUCAGCAAGUAUGUGGCAAGUCAGCGACACGUGUGCUCGACGCUAUUCAAAAAGCC